AUGGCCGACGGGAGCAAACCGACGAAGGUGAUAUCCUUCUUCGGCGUGCCCGCUCUCUUCAUCGGGUUGACGAAGGGGCCGCCGGAGCAGGAGCCGGCGAGGAGCCCCACCUCUCCCCUCGACGGCAAGGCCUUCCGGUCUCCUCGAUCGCCGCCGGCCUUGGACAGGGCCGCCCUCGGCCUGGCCGACCUGCUCCUCCUCCUCCAGGGCACCGAAUCCAUGGCCGCCAAGCUGCCAGUCUCCGCUCCUCCUCUCAGAGCACCGACUACGCAGGUCAACUCAGCUCUGCGAGUCCCCAUCGAGCGCUCUGAGGACUACACCUGCGUAAUCUACCGCGGAGGUGAAAACCCUGGGACCACGCACAUCUUCGGGGACCGCGUCGUGGGGAGCCACGCCGGCGACGGAGGAGGGGGAAGAAGAUGGCUGGAGUGGACGGUGGCGUGCCCCGAGGAGGAGCCGCCGGCACCGCUGCCGACGCCGGAGGAGUUCCUCAAGGCCUGCCAUCUCUGCAAGAGGGACCUGGAAGGGAGGGACGUCUACAUUUACAGGUAGUGUACCUCUCGCAUCGCCGAUGGAGCAGGCGAUGAAUGAAUGGGUGGGUGGGGAGGGGUGGGAUUUCUGAGUCCAAGUGCUUCUCCGUUGUUCACGCCUGUCGCUUGUCCUCCUCUGCAGAGGGGAGAUGGCCUUCUGCAGCAGCGGCUGCCGCGCGCUGGGGAUGCCGGACGAAGAAGAGGACGCGGUGGAGGAUUGUUACUGUCCGUCCUCCUGA